GUACACAAAUACACCUACAACUCUUCCCGGAGGUUCUUUUGGAGCACAGCUGUGCUUUUCAGCUUUCUUCCAAUAGUCGGGAGGAACCUUAAUCAUUUCGCUUUGAACAGGCAACAAGCACGAGAUGCAACAUGACUUUAUUUGGACUGUUGUUUUUUGUUCUGGCUUCAUGCUACUUCUUUACUGUCUAUAGCAGCCCGAGAGCUUUCCACCUGCGCAACAUGGACAGCUUCAUACGAGCCGUGGAGCAGGUGGAGGACUCCAACCACGGCCUGUCCCCCCUGUCUCUGGUCCGGGCCCUGCGGAGGACCGCCGGCCACGACGACGUAAUGACCAUCCAUUAUUUGGGCGCCUCAAAUAACCUCACUGAUGCUGAGGUCUUGGAGACGGCCAUCGUCAACGCCUCGUCCUUUAGCUUCUUUGACAAGGCCAUCCACCACUUCGUGACCAAUUACGGGGAGGAACGAGGGGUGGUUCUGGCUCCAGAUGGCACCACGGUAGCCCUUGCGCCCUUAUUGCUGGGAAUCGAAUCAGGACUGAAAGCCAGGACGGAGGGGACGCCGGCUGAGGGUGUCUUCGCUCUCACUUUAGGCAGGACGCUGGGCCUGUCCUUCCUCAGCCUCAAGGACUUUCCGCCAUCUUUUCGACUGGGGCCCAACGGGUGCUGGGACAGCGUGGACCACCCUAAGUUGUUCAAGCUGUCCAGGCCGCCCACACUGGCCACUGAUGCUGUUAUUAACGGGGGGAUGGACGGAGCCAUACUGGGCACGGACCUCGGCAGCCUGCCUGCAUCCGAGGAGCCGCCGGCCCUCAGUGGCCUUUUGAAAGGAUACUAUAGUUUCGUCCUUCGGGAAGGGCGGGGGCUUGAUGCGGUGACACGCCACAUCAGCCCCAGACGAAGGGAGAUCUCUAGAUUCAUUCUGGAGCCACUGGACCUUCACAGCCAGGUGAUGGAGACGCUAGCAUUGGUCUGGCAGUUAGAGAAGACAGAGUGGAUUGCGUUCGACCCUGGAGUAGCGACGGCGGUGAAGGACGGACUUGAGGCGUUUGUGCACAAGUACUGGGACUGCCCUCAAAUCAUCCCUCGCUGUCAGUGGAGGGCUAAAGCCCACCAGGGUACACCCAUCCCACUGUCCAUUCCCCUCCAGUUCCUCUAUGUUCACCACACCUAUGAGCCAUCCUCACCCUGUCUAACCUUCCCAAACUGCUCUCGGGACAUGAGAGCCAUGCAGCGUUUCCACCAGGAAGAUCGUGGUUGGGAGGACAUCGGAUACAGCUUCGUCGUCGGCUCCGACGGCUACGUGUACGAAGGCCGGGGCUGGAAACACCUCGGCAGACACACCCGAGGGCACAACGCCAUCGGGUACGGCGUGUCCAUCAUCGGUAACUACACCGCCACCCUGCCGUCUCGCCACGCCGCCGACCUGCUGCGCCAUCGUCUAGUCCGAUGUGCGGUAGAUGGAGGAUGGCUGGCUGCCAACUUCACCAUCCAAGGCCACAGGCAGGCGGUGAACUACACCUCCUGCCCCGGAGACGCCCUCUUCUCAGAAAUAAGAGGCUGGGAACACUUUGGGGAAUGAGCGGCGCCCCCGAGCAAGGCCCGUGUCCUCAAACGUCACAAUGGCUCGAAAGAGUACGACAACUGCCCCCAAUGUGGCUUUUUAUUUUUCAAUGAGUUUUAUAGUACAAAAUGGCUGUUGGAUGGGCAGUUUAGUUUGAAUUUCAAUUAUUUGGGUCCCCUGAAAGGGCCGUGCGACGACGUCAAUGUGCACACUGUCUUUGAUUCAGUGUGAACCAAAGACAGAAACACAAUCAGGAGGUCAUGAUUAAGGAUUGCUUAGACUUUUAAAAAUCUGAACAUCUUGUCAGGGUGAGCAGUAGCGUUUUAGAGCUUCAAUAAAGCAUAUACACAUGAUGGUA